GGCUUCUCACUUGGGGACCACAUGUAUUUGGUGCUUCUUCCAUGAUCGGCUUGUUUCAAGCCUUGAGCAGAAAUCUGAUCUGGAGGCAGCCGCCCACGAGUCAUUUGUCUGUAGGAUGAAGCGUCUAAUAGCACAAAAGGUCAUGGAGGCCUUGCUACCUUCCCUCAGCAAAGAACAAUGCCUCCAAAAAUGGAUAAAGGUGCAGGCCCAUGCCCAGAUACAUCCAAGGGUCAAAAUGCAGCUUCCCCUCAGAUAUCUGUUCCAGGAGAAGGCCUCAAAGGAAGAACUGCUCCAAGUUGGCUCUGAAGUCACCCGAAGGAUUGAAUUGGAUGAUCAAGUCAUAGGCUGUGAUAUCAGUGAGAAGGACAAUGGGCCCUGUCUCGCAUUCUAUGUGGAUUCAAGAGCUUUUGUGGAGUCAACAAUACUUGAAUUCCAGAGACAUUUGAAAAUGGGAUCAUGUAUUCCCCAUCUUAAAAGGGAAUGGUCUGAAAAGACAGUUGCCAUUGACUUCAGUUCCCCAAAUAUUGCCAAGCCAUUUCACAUGGGCCAUCUGCGCUCAACCAUCCUUGGUGCUUUCCUGGGAAACCUCUUUGAGUUUCUGGGGAGCAGAGUGGUACGGAUCAAUUAUCUAGGAGAUUGGGGUACUCAAUUUGGUAUUCUACAGGAGGGAAUGUAUAGAGAAGGGACAAAGGAGGAGGAUUUCCAGGGUGACCCCUUGCAUACACUAUAUCAACUUUAUGUCCAUGCCAAUCAGCUGGCAGAUACUGACCCCCAGUUUGCAGAGAGAGGAAGGGAAUGGUUUACCCGAAUGGAGAAGGGAGACAGAGAUGCUCUUCAACUAUGGGAUGUCAUUCGCACACUUUCUGUCCAAGAAUUCCAGAAGAUAUAUGACCGACUAGGCAUUAAAUUUGACCAUUAUGAUGGGGAAUCACUAUACAACAAAUCCUGGGUGGAGGGAAUUCUGGAGGACCUUCGGAGAGCUGGCCUCCUCAUGAAGGAUGACAAGGGCAGAGAGGUUGUAUCAGUAUCUCCCAAGGGACAGGUGGUAUUGGUGAAAAGUGAUGGAUCCUUGGUGUACUUGACUCGAGAUGUGGCAGCAGCAAUGGAUAGGUGGGAACGAUUCCACUUUCAUCGCAUGUUCUACGUCAUUGACAACUCCCAGGCCCAGCACAUCACUUCUCUAGUGGAGAUCCUAAGGCAGAAAGGUGUGGAGUGGGUAGAUCGUUGCAUACAUGUGAGUUUUGGCCGGCUUCGGGGCCUGAGCACAAGAAAGGGAACUGCUGUGUUCCUAGAUGACAUCUUGGAUGAAGCAAAGUUGAAGAUGAAGCACCAGCAGGCCCUCUCACCCACCACUAGGGACUAUACAGAAGAGGUUGCAGACAACUUGGGCAUCACAGCUGUGAUCAUCAAUGACUUCAAGCAACGACGAACCAAGGACUAUGACUUCAGUUGGGAUCGAGCACUUCAGAGUACAGGAGAGAGUGGAAUUGCAUUGCAAUAUGCACACAGUAGACUUUGCAGCCUGGAGGAGAACUGUGGUGUUAGCCUUCCAAACCAAUGGGAAAGUUUAUCUCUGGCUGACCUUGGAUUGAAUCCUCAGGCUACUCUUCUUGCUGCUCAGCUUAGCAGGGUGGAUGAAGUGAUGGAAGAAUCUGUUGCACGUUUAGAACCCUGCAUCAUAGUCAAGUACCUUUUCUCACUCAGGGAUGCAGUGAACAAGGCAUUCAAGGUGCUCCAGGUCAAGGGAGAAGAAGAGGCAACAGCCAUGGCUCGACUUGCCCUAUUCACCUCUGCCAGACAUAUCUUAGCCCAAUUAUUGAAGAUACUUAACAUCACUCCUCUCAGAAAAAUGUGACCAGGACUAGCAG